AUGGGCUAUGUGUGGGACGAAACUUAUGAGCCUGCUACUGUAGCGUUCAUAUUGAUCGGCUCAGCGCUGGUUUUUUUAAUGAUUCCAGGACUGGGGUUUUUAUACUCCGGUCUGACGAGAAGGAAGUCUGCGUUGGCACAAAUAUGGAUUGUGCUUAUGGCUGCUCUCGUUGGGAUGCUACAGUGGUAUUUUUGGGGAUUUUCGCUGGCGUUUUCCAAGACCUCUGUCAAUCAUAAGUUCAUCGGAAAUUUGAACUCUUUCGGGUUCAGAGACGUUUACGGGAAAGCCAGCGAGGAAAGCCAAUACCCAGAAAUAGCGUUUGCCGCUUUCCAAGGCUUGUUUAUGUGUGUGACUCUCAGCAUUGUUGCCGGGUGCACAGCCGAAAGAGGCAGGCUCCUGCCACACACAAUUUUUCUAUUUUGUUUUGCCACGCUUGUGUACUGUCCGGUAACGUACUGGAUCUGGGACGCAGACGGAUGGGCCUACCGUUGGGGUGUAUUAGACUGGGCCGGUGGUGGCCCUGUCGAAAUCCUAUCCAGUGUGGGCGGCUUUGUUUAUUCCGCGUUUUUGGGUAAAAGAAAGGAAAGCUUGUUGAUCAAUUUCAGACCUCACAACGUCUCAAUGGUUACACUGGGCACUUCGCUGCUAUGGUUCGGGUGGUUAGGGUUCAACGCCUGCACCUCUUUAAGCCCCAAUCUCAGAUCGGCUUACGCGUUUAUGAACACAAACCUGAGCGCUGCUGUUGGAGGUAUGACGUGGUGCUUACUGGAUUACAGACUCGAAAAAAAAUGGUCAACAGUGGGGCUCUGUUCCGGAAUCAUAUGUGGCCUAGUAGCGGCCACACCUAGUUCGGGUUGCAUUACUCUAUACGCAUCUGUGAUUCAAGGCAUGGUAGCGGGCGCAGUCUGUAACUUUGCCACCAAAAUCAAGUAUUACCUAAAAGUGGACGAUUCGAUGGAUAUUCUAGCAGAGCACGGUAUCGCAGGCGUCGUUGGCUUAAUUUUCAACGCUCUAUUUGCUGCAGACUGGGUAAUUGGCAUGGACGGGGCUACCGACCAUGAGGGCGGCUGGAUAACGCACAACUACAAGCAGAUGUACAAGCAAAUUGCAUACGUCGCAGCUGUUUACGGUUACGGUGUAGUUGUAACUGCCAUCAUAUGUUUCGUCAUUGACAAGAUUCCGGGCUUGCAGCUCAGAGCUAGCGAAGAGGCAGAAGAACUGGGGCUCGACGAGGAUCAAAUUGGCGAAUUUGCAUACGACUACGUCGAGGUAAGGAGAGACUACUGUUCUUGGGGGUUCAAUAAGCCGGAGGGCUCGUCGGACGAUAACGAAUCACAUCCUCAGGAAGAGAAACACUCGUGA